GAGGUGGGCGUGGACCGUCAUCCGAGUCCUGCUCGUUGCUACAUCCCGCGCCAACAGCGCUAGAUCCGGGGAUGUCGAUGACAUCGCUGCUAAGAUGUUUACGGACGAAAACGCAGCGAAGUGGUGCACGCUGCCUUCCGCGAUCAUGUUGUUCUCGCGCGAGGAGCUCGGGAUUUCUGCUGGUUGAGAACGACUGCGAUCACCCUCGCCGCCGUCUUGGAGAUGGGAGGACGUUGGGCUUCACGAGGAUGGAUCGAGCCGCGGUUUCGAUAUUCUAGAUAUCCCACAAGGGAUGUGAGGUUUGACAACACACCAAUGGUUAUUAAUCAUGGUCAUCGGCGGAGCUGUAAUCGCAUCCCGCCCCAAUCGCCCCUGCCGCAUCGAGGUGUCAUCGAUACGUGGCACGACGGCAGCGAUAGCGACUCAUCGGGCAGCAGCGCCGAGGAAAACGACCGUAUCAGGAUCGUGGAACGGGAACCCAGCCGAAAGCCUAUCCGAUGGCAGAACACGGGACCAAGGACGAGUUGCGGAGGCCGCUGGAAUGGGAAUCUCAACGGUCUCAAAUGGCACGGCAGGAAGCACAAAAGGGAAGAAGAGAUACUAAAAGGCAUAUUGGAAGAACCGGACUGUCAAGGAGAAGCGGAACGGGUUGAAGAACGGCUAAAAGUCCUUUCGGGAAAACUAGAGCGGUUACGGGAAAUUGAAUGCUUUCACAGGGAACGCUGGGAAGCGGGAAGAGAAGAAGAAAGGUUAACAGGCGUGUUGGAUCAACUGGAGUUUCAAGGCGAACUGCGGCAAGCGGAAGGGGAUGUAGAAAAAUCUGGAACAUUUACGGUUACGAAAAGCGAGGAAGAAAAUGGAACUGCUGAGGGAAGACAGACGAGAAUCCAUACUGAGAUUCCGGCAACAUGAACCGGAAUGUGACCGAGGAGGACCGGAGAUUGAGAGACUCCGGAAAAGGUUGGAGGAGACGACACGUGAGAGGGGAAGAUCGCCUACAGAUCAUCACAGGAGGGAACGCCGGGAUCACUCUUAUCACCGCAAGAUUGGAACGAACCGAACCGUGAAAGGUCCCCUCCACCCCAAGACACAGCUGGAUCGUGAUGGUGCGGAGAAGUCCUCGGGGCAACC